AUGUCAGAAGAACAGACUACCUUCGAUUAUUUGGAGGCAACCCUGAAUCAAGCAAUCUUAGGCGCCUUAGGCCACGUUUCCAGCAAACAAAAACUGUCCAAAGCCCGAAAUUUCAUGGCUUUCCUUAUUAUAUUGUUAUACAUGUCCGCGACAAUCUUCUUGGCCUUUAAUUGGGCUUAUGUUAUCUACGCCUACAUCAAGAAGGGGCAAACGUAUGUCACCGUAGUACAGGCUCUUGGAAGCUCUGCCCAGGCACAGACGUUUCGUUGGGUAUCUGGAAUCACGUCUGGCAUCAACACUGAUAUUGCCGACACCAUCACGAUCUGGCGCUGCUGGAUAGUAUGGGGCCAACGUUGGACGGUGGUUAUUCUACCGAUACUGCUUUUCUUGAGUCAAGGAGGUGCGGCUCUCGGUGGUCCGUAUCUUUGCGCACUGAUCAACGCCUUCGACAGUUUUUGCUGCUUUGCUUUACAUGCUGAUCUAUACGACACCUCCAACGGAGGUAAUACACCAGGAAAAUCAGAAAUCAAUUGGACGACGAUGUACCUUUCAUUCUCUUUGGCUACCACGCUGUUAUGCACCACUCUCAUUAUCUAUCGUAUCGUCACGGUUAGGAGAUCUCCAGAUGGAAUCAGUGCUGCAGCACGUGUCUACCGUGGUAUCGUCGAAAUUCUAGUCGAGUCCGCCUUGCUCUACGCUAUUUCCCUGAUCUUAUCCAUCGUUUUAAUUGCUCGCGGCGGCGCCGCAAGUGCUUACCCGCAAAUAAUAUACGUCACAAUAACGGGAAUCGCGCCUACACUUAUCAUGGCGCGUGUCGCAUCAGGGCAGGCACGUCCUAAUGAUAGCUGGCAGGCGAGUCAUGUCUCUGCGCUGCAGUUUGGCUCUGGGACUCCAGAGAAUACUCAAACUGACGGUAUUAUGAGCACUAGUGGACGUGAGAAUGACCUGGAGCAUGGUGAACCGAACCAUUACGAUUAA